CCCGCCCCGCCCCCAGCCGGUCUCGCGCGCUGAGCGUUGGCUGCCUAAGGACUCAGGUCAGAGGCGGAAGGGCUCUAGGAUCCCGCUGCCUUCCGCGCCUGCCCUCCCAGCUCCAGAACCUCCCUAGUUCCGCUGAGUGCAGGACUAGGACUAGGUGCAGGACUGAGCCCUUGGGUCAGUGCCUUGUGACUGCCUGUACCCCGAGCCUGAGCCAGACACCGGCGCGAUCGUGGCCGGAUCCCCGCGCGAGAACCUGGUCCUUUUAGGUCUCUGGCGAGUGGCACAGUGGGCCUCGGUACUCUCAGUUUCGCUGGUGCUUCGGGAAGCUCUCUGUUCCAUUCCAUGGAGGUACUCUGGGCCCUCUGUCUGGCCUGGGCUGCAAGCCUGGCCACUACCAGCCCACCGAAUAUUCUCCUGAUCUUUGCUGAUGACCUGGGCUAUGGGGACCUGGGCUCGUAUGGACACCCUAGUUCCACCACUCCCAACCUGGACCAGCUGGCUGCAGGGGGGCUGCGGUUCACAGACUUCUAUGUGCCUGUGUCUCUGUGCACACCCUCCCGGGCUGCCCUCCUGACUGGCCGGCUUCCUGUGCGGACGGGCAUGUACCCUGGAGUUCUGGGGCCCACGUCCCAGGGUGGGCUGCCCCUGGAGGAGGUGACCCUGGCUGAGGUCCUAGCUGCCCGUGGCUACCUUACAGGGAUGGCCGGCAAGUGGCACCUUGGAGUGGGGCGGGGGGGGGCCUUUUUGCCCCCCCAUCAGGGCUUCCAUCGAUUCCUGGGCAUCCCGUACUCCCAUGACCAGGGCCCCUGCCAGAACCUGACCUGCUUCCCACCAGCCACCCCCUGUGAUGGCGUCUGUGACCAGGGGCUGGUUCCCAUCCCACUGUUGGCCAAUCUGUCUGUGGAGGCUCAGCCACCCUGGCUGCCUGGAUUAGAGGCCCGCUAUGUGGCUUUCGCCCGAGACCUCAUGGCUGACGCUCAGCGCCAGGGUCGUCCGUUCUUUCUGUACUACGCCUCCCACCACACCCACUACCCUCAGUUCAGUGGGCAGAGCUUCGUGGGGAGCUCGGGCCGAGGGCCAUUUGGGGAUUCCCUGAUGGAGCUGGAUGCAGCCGUGGGGGCCUUGAUGAUGGCCGUGAGGGACCUGGGGCUGCUUGGAGAAACGCUGGUCAUCUUCACUGCUGACAACGGACCCGAGACCAUGCGCAUGUCACGUGGUGGCUGCUCCGGCCUCCUGCGAUGUGGAAAGGGGACGACCUUUGAGGGUGGUGUCCGAGAGCCUGCUGUGGCCUUCUGGCCAGGCCACAUCACUCCAGGUGUGACUCACGAGCUGGCCAGCUCCCUGGACCUGCUUCCCACGCUGGCAACCCUGAGCAAUGCCCCCCUGCCCAAUGUCACCUUAGAUGGUGUGGACCUCAGCCCUGUGCUGCUGGGCUCAGGCAAGAGUCCUCGGAAGUCUCUCUUCUUCUACCCAGCCUUCCCAGAUGAGGUCCGUGGGGUCUUUGCUGUUCGAAGUGGGAAGUAUAAGGCUCACUUCUUCACGCAGGGCUCUAUGCACAGCGACACCACCCCCGACCCUGCCUGCCAUGCCAGCAGCCCUCUGACCGCUCAUGAGCCCCCACUGCUCUACGACCUAUCUGAGGACCCUGGUGAGAACUACAACCUUCUGGAGGUUGAAGCUGAGGUCACCCCAGAGGCACUAGGAGCAAUGAAGCACCUUCAGUUGCUGAAGGCACAGUUUGAUGCAGCCAUGACCUUCGGCCCCAGCCAGGUGGCUCGGGGCUAUGACCCUGGCCUGCAGAUCUGCUGCAAGCCCAGCUGUACCCCCCACCCAGCCUGCUGCCACUGCCCAGACCUUCAGCCCUGAGGGUACUGGCCAAGUCCACAGGAGAAUUCUCCCAAAGCCCCUAACCCUGGGAAGAGUAAGGUUGGACGUUAUGGGAUGCAGGCGUGUGGAGGUAGUUUGUACUGAUAAUGUAAUUAUACCAGCUGAGACUUGGAGGUGUGACCAUUCGUCUAAUCCUUGCUAUAACUGUGAAGGCAGAGCUGCACCCCUCUAUUACCAGCAAAGAAACUAAGACACUGGGCAGUUCAGUGACUUGUCAGAGGUCAUUGAGCCGGAAGGAGGUCGUGCUGGGAUUUGAGCCCAGGGGUCCUGCGUCCCAGCUGCCCCACCCUGGUGAUCCAUGUCAGUCUGUACACGUCGGCCUGGGGUCUCGACACAUCCACACAGGGGCAGUAAGUGCAGGACUGAGGGUGGGCAGGGGCUGGACAGCGUAGUGGCCAGAGACCAGUGAAGACACAGGGCUCCUGGGACAGGCAGGUUUUCCUGGAAGAAGCGUUCUCUGAGGAACUGGCCACCCAGGUUCCUAUCAGAAGUUUGUCUGUAUCAAGUAUUGAGUUGCACAUUCCAGAUGGUGUGGGGAGGGGCAAGGGGGCCCCUUAGCAGCCUGGAGUCAGCCCCUCAGGGCCCCUCCCUUCUCGCUCUCCGUUCUGCCUGUGCGUAUACUUCCUCCUGUCUCCCGGCUUCACCUUUGAUCCAGUACUAACCAUUUUCUGCCCAGCAGACAAAAUGAUGUCUUGUGGAUGUUUGUCUGGCUGGGUCCCAUCAUGCUCAGAGUAAAACCCAAACUUCUUUCAGUCCUUUGCCCUGCUCUCAGGGACUCAGGCACCCCCUUGCCCUUCAAUCCUGGCAGACUGACUGGCUGCCCCCAACAAUGUCUGCCUCCAUGAUUGGCUUCCUCUGUGGAGAGGGUCCUUCUGACCACCGUGGAGUGUGUUGAUUUUAGUACAUGCCCAGGUGGCAUGUCACAUGCCAGGGGACUCUCAGUGCUGGUCACAUGGGUACAGUGUCAUCUGGCUGUGCUGAUACGUCCAUGUGGUAAAUUUUCUGUUGUCUUCCUUACUAAUGGAUCCGCACCUCUUUCAGUGGUGGAUAGAGGCACUUUCAUCUCAAUUUAUAGCCUCUCCCUGAUUCAGGGGGGCAGUGCCCAGUCUGAGCCAGUCAGAAGCCCAUGAUUGGUCAUGGUAGUGAAAGGCUGGGGCUGUCCCCUGUGAGGGCCUGGCUUCGGCUGAGUCGGUGGCCCUAGAUGGACAUUGUACCGCUGCUAAUCCAGAGUCUCCAGCUGCCUGCUGCAGAGCCCUGAUUGUGAGGAAAUAAAGCUUGCCUGUCUAUGCCACUGGGUGGCGUCUGUUACUUGCUGAAAUAAGACCUGAAUGGGAUGUGUGGUGGGUAUGUGUAUGUGUGUCAGUCUGAGUCAUACGCUGGGUCACUUCCUGGUUGAGGGCUGUACUGACCACACCCCAAGUCCUGCUGCAUCUUGGGUGGCCCCACCAGCCAGUGAUGCUGGCCCAGAGAAGCCCACACACCUUGGUGAGUGCAUUGGUUUCUGAUGGGCAUAGAGAGAAACUGAAGCAGAUCCAAGAUCCAAGUUUCACAUCUAAAGACCAGAUCCAGCAAAAGUAAAUGAAUGCGAACACUCAGGCACAACCCGCAGGCCCCUGCUCCAGCCCCCUCCCCCGGGGUGGUGUGAUCAUGGUGCUUACCUCCAUCUUCAUUCACCAGGUAGUUCUGGACCAAGGUGGCCUCCAAGGAGACCUCCUUCCCUGUUUCCACAGUGCUUACAGUCUAGCAGAAGAGGUCAGCCAACCCCCGUCAGAUGCACAUGGAAUUCCAGUGCUGAAAGAGUCUCUACCUCUUGUAGGGAGGGAACCAGGUAUCGCUGGGCAGGGACACCCAGAUGUUCUCUAUGUUACAAGCUGGUCGUGGGGCGCACAUAUGAAUAAAGCAGUCGGGGCACAUAGGGUCUGUGUACUUUAUGGUAUCGUUGUGUAUUUUAUUCAUCAAUAAAAAAAAAUCUGCGGUAAGUGCUUCAAAGGAAGAUUGUCCCUGGUUAUGCCAGAGCAUAGUCAUGGAACACGGACAGCUGCGCCCGUCGGGGGUGCUUCCCAGCUUGUAUCACCCAAGGUUGCAGUGAGGCAGAUCUUGCCACCCUCCCAUUCUUUCAGUUUUGCUGUGAUUUAUUUGCACGUAUAAAUGCUUGUUUCUCAUCAUUAUAGCUGUUUUAGCCCAAUGCACCCUCAUAUAGGCAUAGAUCGAUGAUGGAUAGAUACGAUGCACUUGGACAUGUACAUGCCUGCCCGCACAUCCACGUGCAC